AUCUCCCCAGUGACACCGCAGGGUCAGGAACGCUUUCCGUACCACUGUCUUGUAACAUGGGCCGGGAUGGAGUUUUACCUGGAAAUUGAUCCGGUCACUCUGAACUUGAUCAUACUAGUGGCUAGUUAUGUUAUUUUGCUGUUGGUGUUCCUGGUAUCUUGUGUACUUUAUGACUGCCGGGGAAAAGACCCCAGCAAGCAAUAUGCUCCAGAGACUGUUCCAGAGAACAGGUCUCCCAUCCGCUUGGUGGUGAUGCAACAAAGUGCUACUUGGGGGAAGCAGUAUGAAAAGAAUUCUGAUGUUCUGGAGAAAAGAAUCACUGUUGUCUGAAGACUAGUCUCUCUUAGCAACGCUCAGGAACAGCCUGGCUGCUGCUGCCACAAGGAUGCCUGCUUUCAGUUUGCACAAGACGAAAUUUGCUAAGUUCAUGAACCAUAGAGCCCCAGCUAACUGCCGAUACAAGCCAACAUGGUAUGAACAUGCAGCCAAUUGCUACACACACGCAUUCCUCAUUGUCCCUUCUAUUGUGGGGAGUGCCCUGCUACACCGCCUGUCAGAUGAUCGAUGGGAAAAGAUAACGGCUUGGAUUUAUGGAAUGGGCCUCUGUGCCCUUUUUAUAGUGUCCACAGUGUUCCAUAUAGUCACCUGGAAAAAGAGUCACCUAAGGUCAGUUGAACACUGCUUCCACAUGUGUGAUAGGAUGGUCAUCUACUUUUUCAUUGCAGCUUCUUAUGCACCAUGGUUGAACCUACGUGAGCUUGGUCCUAUGGCUUCGCACAUGAGGUGGUUUAUAUGGUUAAUGGCCGUAGGAGGAACUGUUUAUGUAUUUUUAUACCAUGAAAAGUAUAAGAUUGUUGAACUGCUCUUCUAUUUAGCAAUGGGAUUUUCUCCUGCUUUAGUAGUGACGUCAAUGAACAACACAGAAGGCUUACAUGAACUUGCGUGGGGAGGGCUGAUCUACUGUCUAGGAGUGAUAUUCUUCAAGAGCGAUGGAAUCAUCCCGUUCGCUCACGCAAUCUGGCACCUCUUCGUGGCCCUGGCAGCUGCAGUCCAUUACUAUGCCAUCUGGAAAUACCUUUAUAAGAGCCCAUCUGCAGACCUAAUCCGGCACUUAUGACCGAACCUCUAACACUAAUCAGUAUUACUUGACUCGGAAGGAAUGUACGGUCAGGCAAGGGAGGCGCUGAACGGUAUAUAUAAAAACAAAAUGCACUGACCCAGUUCUAUACAAACAACUACUGUGAACUGUGUGUAUCCAGGUAUUAUUUUUUGUAUAGCAAGGUUUAUUAAAAAAAAAAAAGCCCAUUCCAUGGCCAAUGUUGCUACUGGCCAGUCCGUUCUAAGGCUUGUCGCUGUGCCGAGAAUCAGUCAGCAGCUGUGAAAGUGAAAUUCCUGGCAGCCACCUUAUGGAGGAGACUGGGAGUAUUUGCAAUUGGCUUAUCUAAUGUUUACAAUAGAGAUUCUUUUGUACUUGUAGUUUGACUGUAUACUUUAUAAAACAAGGCAAACGUAUUUCUUAAUGAAAAACAAGGAACCAGUGUAAUUCAGAUAUAAUAUGCCAAUUCUAAGAGGGUAUUUUCUUUGUUUCUAUAGGCACUUAAAGUACAUGUAUACAUUCCAAAACUACACCUGUUGGUAAGAGUGUGACAAUGGCCACUUAUCAGUGAGGCUUCCCUGGUCCCAGAUACUGGCGUUGCUUAGAGAGAACACAUUUCUAAUAGGCUGCUUCAUCUUUGUCUUGCCGUGCGUGAUUUAAGUCACUUGGCACGGGCCAUUUAUAGAUAGAUAUGGUUUGAGAAGUGGAUCUUUUACAGCUCAUUCUUGUAUGUAAAUCAGGCCUCUGUCCGUAAAAACCAAAUUGAGGUUUCAAAUUUUAGGGCAAUGAAAGAAAUGGUUGUAUUUGAGCAUUUCAAGCAUCUGCUAGGAGGCAUGGAUACUGGAAGAGCACCUUUUCCUGGAAUUAUAAAUAUUAUUAUUCCCUGCACCAUAGAUUGAUAUUAUACAGAUUUGUUGUGCUGUUUCCAACUGCCUAUGAACUGAAUAGCCAUUGGGACCAAGAGGUCUAGUGCAGGCUGUGAAUGGCUGCAAAUACACCAGUACAAUUCAGCAGCUGACCUUGCUGCAUUGUGGAUUUAAACCAAUUACCUGCUUUAUCACCAGGGCAUUAAAGAAGAACUAAACCCUAGAAUACCAUAUUUCAUCAUAUUUUUAUCAUAUUUCGUCAAUUAUAGCUCUUAUUUGCACCUCCAGGAACAUUUCCAUGCUUGUGUUGCUCCCCAACACUUUUUCCAUUUGAAUGUGGCUCACAGGUAUAAAAAGUUUGGGAUCCCUGAUAUAGAUUUAUAACCAGGAUCUGACCCCUUUCUAGGUGCUAUAUCUGUCUCUCUUUAGGGUAGAGCAAGGCUGAGAGCCUACACUGAUACCAGUGGCUUUGCUGGGAUAUUAAGGGGCAGUUAGAACUUAUGGACUGGACUCCUCUGACUCCAAACCGUAUGAAAUAAAGACUAGAACAUUUGAUAUAAAUGGAUUAUUUCAGCAAGAAAUGAGUGUUUUUGUUACCACUGACCAACAGGAAGGCCUUAAGCACAAGCGGUGUUUGUGGAAAAUGUAUGUAACUUCAACUUGUUAGAGCAGCGUUGUUAUUUAUUAACGUGUUUAUGUGUGGUGCUGGAGUUUGUGUAAAAGUAUUUGGUAUUUCUGUCUCCAGCCAGCAAUUUAUCUAAAACAAGAAAAAUGGGGAAGGAAACUGAAAAUUUGUAUUUAUGUGGAAUUCUGUGUUCAUUGUAAACAUUUCAUGCUUGUCCAGACUUCAGCAACCAUUACAUUGGCUGGAUACUAAACUCCAAGUCUUUGGUCUGCUGCUGUUAUAAAUAUAUAUUUAACAUAAAGAUGACCGGUCUGUUAUUACCAUCGUAUAGACUCGCUGUGUGCGGCUAGCAGCAGUCUAUACAAAUAUAGCCGGCUGAUGGGAUUUGUAGAUAAACAUCAACAGGAAACAAGUUUUCUAUCCCUGCUUUAGUGAUCGCUCAUCUCUAGCUUUUCUUUUAAUAGGCUCGGCAUCCUGCUUGUCUGCAUUUCUUAGAACCUACAAGGAAAACUAUUAUAAGAACAACUUGUUUACUUAACUCACAAACUGGCAAGAAAAAGCAUAUAUGAUUUUAUAUUUGUUUACUCAGUACUUGUUCUAUUUUACGCCCAAACUGAUGUCCUUAAUGACAUGUCUAUUUCAGCUCUAAAACAAGGUGUUGCUUCCCAGAGACUAUGGGAGAACCUUCAGUGAAGACUAGGAGAAUAGAGAUUGUCUACUAAACUGUGUGAAUUCCUUUCUUCUGAUGUAGAAUACAGAACCAAGAGAGCAGUAUGUAGUUGCCAGGUACCAUAUUCCUGUUGUGGCGUGUUGCCCAGAUCCAUUCUUGUAAGGCUGCUAACACCAGAAUGGUGGCUAUUUUCAGGCUAUUCUCAGGUACAGCUAUGGGAUCUGUUAUCCCAGAAACCCAUUAUCCAGAGAGUUAAGAAUUACGGAAAGGCCAUCUCCCAUAGGCUCCAUUAUAAGAAAAUAAUUCUAAUUUUGAAAAAUUAUUUCCUUUUUCUCUGUAAUGAUAAAACAAUACCUUGUACCUAAUCCCAACUGAGAUAUAAAUAAUCCUCAUUGGAGGCUAAACGGUCCUAUUCAGUUUAAGUGAUCUUUAAAUGAUUUUUUAGUAGAGUUACGGUAUGGAGAUCCGAAUUACAGAACAAUCCCUUAUCCCUGGAUCCUGCACAUUCUGGAUAACAGGUCCCAUACAUGUACUUAGUAUAUGUAGCUAUAAUUGUAAGACAUAUGCCUGUGCUUUUAUAAAGACUACCCUGAAAAGAAGUUAGGGUUAUUUUGGAAACAUCUUGGGAUCAUUAUUAGCUGUAGUUUUACAGCCUUGACCUAAUAGAUCAGGUACUAGGUGGAACCUAUCUUACUUCUUCAGUGAAUGUAUGUCCUACGCCAAUCCUUGAGUCCUUCAGAAUGUAGGCAAGUGGUGGCCUGAUUUUUGCUCCAGGAUCAAGAUGGCAUCUCAGAAGAGGACAGAAUCAGUGGCCUGAUGCGUUUCUCAACAGUUUAUUAAAGUAUAAUAUAUUGUUCAGGCAAGACAUCCAUGAGCCAGUAAGCUCAUUCUAAUGGAAAGCAUAUUGGUGAUAGACAAUCCCAUCUACUCGUGAAUACAGCCAGCUAUAAAGUGCUGUAGAAGGUAAAGCCAACCCUGCCUUACAGGUUAUAGUCCCACAAAGCAGCUUGGUGGGCUGCAAUGCCUAAGUGAGCCAGUCAGUCUAUAUUAGCAUGCUUAUUGAUAGCAUGGACUUAUUGAGAAUGCCGAUGGGCAUGCCCUACAGCCAUUUAACAAAAGCAGUAGUAGCUUGCAAGGAUGUGUGAUAACUAGCUUUAAGUCACUUGCUGUCUAACACAAGGAUGUUGCCUGUACUGUACGGAAGAUUGCUGUUCUAAUUGCAGCAUUCAGACCAAUGACACGUCAACCCAGAGACUGCAGUGUGACUGCCAGCUCAGUAUAAUAGGCUGCAUCAUAAGCCAUCAUGAUGCAAGCUAACGAGCACCUAGCAUAUUUCCACUACUUGUCUGACACCAGCAAUGGACAUGGGCAUCUCGGCACUUUCCCACUGUCGAGCCCUCGCUCAUGUAACUGCAGAAUGUCUCUGGCUCGGCCUAUAGGAAAUCCCAAUUUUAGAAGUUCAAAUCCUUUUCAUUAGGGCUAGGAAGUCAAAGAGGAGGUUUCUUAACCUGGAAAUAUUAAUUGGCACAUUUCUUUCUCCAGUCAUACUGAAAUACUUUAACAAGCUUCAUGAUUUUGGGGUACUUGCAAAAAUAAUGUAUUUAAAUUGACUUCAAUUAUUUUAAGUCUAAUAAACUUGGAAACUAGAGUAGUAAGUAUCAUUGCUUAAGAUUAUUAUGGAAAUGCUGUUUGUUCCCAUACACUUCAAUCCAGUUUGCCGAGUUGAGUACUGAUUUUCACCAUAACUCCGGUGUACGCAGUUUUUUAAAUAAGUGCUCCGUAACUUUUCAAUACGGAAUUUAUUCCAGUUAGAAACAGUGUUCUGUUUAAGCAGCUUUAUAAAUACCUGCUUAUUUUUACAACCAAUUUUGCACUUUUUUGGUUCAGUAAAAUCAAGAAUAUGGCGCCAAAAGAUGGCAGCACCUUAUACUCUUUAGCCGAGAUUUAAUUGGGGGGGACAUUCCUUGAUGGUGUUUUCUCUGCGUUCUCUCAUAGACUUUUCUCUUUACAUUUGUACCCUAAUGAAGGUGUUCUGAUGCAGCAUGAAAGGGUUAAAUACUGUGAAAUGGUUUACAGAUCCAGAUUUCAGGUAUGAUCAUGCAGACUGUGAUUUAUAUAGGAAUUCCAAAUGUACGUUGUGGAUUUCAUGCUCUGUGACGUUUCUAUAUAGAUCCCAACGUGUUUUCCUUUUUUUGCUACUAAAAAUCUUUUCCACUUAAUUUGUAUGUGCCGUAAGCAACACAAGGCGCUCAGCAAAUUUGUAUCACAUGUUUCAGGGAUAAAAAAGGCUUAAAGGCUGAUUGUGGCUUUUGGCAGCAUCAGUAUUUUAUAGCCAUGUGGUUUAUUUAUACUUAAGGGUUAUAUUCAUUCUCUACCUCCUCUGAAUAUAUGCAUUUAUGCUGUGGGAGCAGCCAUGUUGCUUGUGUUGGCUGAUGCAAAUUUUGCACACUGCUGCUGAAUAGAACCCAUAUGCAUGGCCAACCAUAAGGAAAUAUCCAUGGCUGGAAGGGUGCACCUGCACCCUACCUUAACCUGCCCUCUUCCAACCUGUAUCUGCCCCGCCCCCGCUAUGACAUCACUGAAGUGGGCAGAACAGGUCACGUAUAUAAACGUUUGGCCUGCAACCUGCAAAAUAAAAGUGAUUCGCUGGCCCAGCAACUCCCAAUAAUAUGGAGCUUAUAUACAUAUCUAUUCCUACAGCCAGAUGUGUCCUUAAUCAUUUCCUGUCAAUCAAAUGGGAACAUUAAUGUGAGAGAACCCUUACUCAGCAUUAGUGUAUAGCAAUUAAAAAAGAAUAUCCCCUAAAAUACAAGUCUUACUAUGUUAUUCCCCACAGACAGUGGCAGCAGCCUGGGAGAAUGCCCCCUGCCUAUAUUUUCUACACUUCUUUCAAACUUCAUUUCAUACAAAUUAUUGUACUGUGUAACAAUAUGGUGCAAACCACUAAACAUGUGUAGCUGCUCACUGUAUUUUGUGAUUAUCGUAGCAUUUGUAGAUUGUCCUUUGCCCUCUGAAAGUAUUAACUGUAAUUGUAUAUGAAUCUUUUGCAUUUUUUCUGUAUACAUUUGUAUCUGUCAUCCUCAUACAUUUGAGUGUAAAAAUAAAGUUCUUGUUAAAAAGA